UGAGUGGCACUUGGGUCUUGGGAGGCAGGGAGGGCAUGUGAGCAAACGGAGGCGCUUAGCAGUUCAAUCGUCGCCAUUGCCAGUGCGUUCUCGCCCUCGCAUUCGUGAGAUUCGUGUGCGACGUGGAGACGACUCAUUUCCACUGACCCAAACACCCUGAGACGAGGGCCUUCUAAGUGCCCUACCGAUGCAGAGAUAUUGUACUGAACUCACCGAAAAAUUGUUGAAAUCCCUUGACAAGGAAUACAAUGUUGUCGAUAUGGGAGCCGUCGUGGACGUCAUUACGGCCCUGGAGAAGACGACAAUUACUAAAGAAGUUCUUGAAAUUACACGAUUGGGAAAGUAUAUCAAUGAACUUAGAAGAAAAACUAAUAAUGAAAUUUUGGCAAAACGUGCAAAGGAUUUGGUUCGACGGUGGAGGGACAUGGUUUUGCCAUCAAGCCAUAGUACAUCACAUUCUAUCUCAACUGACAAUACAUCAUUAUAUCAUACAUUAAAUGGAUCAACAAAACCUCAAAGUCCGAUAGCAAAGGGUGUUAUAACUCAAAAUGUUGCUAUUACGAGAGUUAUGAAAUCACAGAGUCCAAUUUUACAUGAUGUACUACCUAGUAAAGUUAUUAGUCCGAGCUUGUCUUUUAAUAGUGAACAACAUGGUGGUUCACCAAAUCUAACACCAAUAAAACAACCUACGGUGUACUCUUAUAAAUCAAAUUCAGCUAGUUCGCCAAGGUUAAUAGAUAGUACGAAUCAGAAUCAUUCGAUAGAAGCGGUACCCAGAACUCACAGCUCUAAUAAACGUUUACGAAAAGAAGAUAAAACUAUUCAGCAACAUUUGUCUCCACUUCAACAUCAACAAGAAUCACAACAACGUAUCAAUGGUGAAAAUGUUAUUAACAUUAACCCGAACUCGCAAGUGCCUAGUCCAUCGUCUAGUACGAUGAAAGAACGUAACUUUUUGGAUACAUCUAGUAAUACAGAAAUUGAUAUAGGUGGCCCAAAGAAACGUGGUCGUAAAAAAGGCAGUAAAUCAAUGAAAAAUCAAUUGACAGUAGAAGAUCAAGUCAAAGAAAAAUUAGCAAGUAUUUCAAGAAAUCCAAAACUGAAAACUACGCAAGAAUUGUUAGCAGAUUUACAAGCUCGAGGUUCUAAUACUGGUGUUACUAAUGCUACUUCUGAUAUCCAUGUAUUAAAAAGACCUAAAACAGAGCCGCCAACAACAGCAGAGAUAUUAAGAAACACCACAAAUGUUCGAGAUACUGAUAAUUCUACAGUGAAUAAUACGAAAUUUUCUUCAAUGUCAAACCAUUUUCAAUCACGGGUACCUGAGAUUGAAACAGUUGAAGUUAAUAAUAAGCCUUCAGCUAACUUGACCGUGAAAGAAAUUUUGGCUAAAUUACCACCACUGGAUAUAGAAUCAAUUAGAUGGAGUGAUGAUGAAACAGAUAGUCAAAAUAAUACAGAAAAUAGUGUUGAUCACAUAAGUUGUCCACGGCAAAUUACCGAUGCUGAUGUAGACAGACUUCAUCAAAUGUCUAUAGAAAGUGUUAAUGGUAAUUUUCAAUUAAAGCUAAACAAAAUAGAUGAAGAAGAAUUGACAGAGCUUGAGGCAAUAGAACCAACAGUAGGAAUCUCUAAACGGCGAGUUCAAGAUGGAACGAAUAGAGAAUUUCGAGAGUGGCAUGAGAUGCUCGCAAAGCCCAGUUACGAUGGCCAAAUUCUCCACAUAUUGCCUUACGUUAUUAUUGAUUAACCAUCAUUGAUUUAUUAUUAUUAAUUAAUUAAUUAUUAGUUAUCAUUACUAUUAUUAUUAUUAUUAUUAUUAUUAUUAUUAUUAUUAUUAUUAUUAUUAAUUAUUAUUAAUUAUUAUCAAUUUUUAUGUGUGCAUUACAAAAAUACAACAUAUAAUAUCAUAUUAGCCCCAUUAACAGUUUCAGGGGUUGUUUUAAAUAAUUGGGAUUAAAGUUAUUUCACACUUUAAAUCGUAUAUGGUUAAAUUUUUUCACUCAAAUUUUUUGCGUAUAUAUUUUUCCUUUCUUUAAACAAGGUUGUAACUUUCCACAUGAAUUGUAUUCAUUUUUUGAAUUUAUAAUAUGAUAAAUUAAAAAUAAAAUCAUUUUUACGUGUAAAGUGCAAAAGUUAAGUGUUAAACAAAAUUUUCACUGAAUUAUAUAAAAAUACAGUUACAGAAUAAUAAGAAAACUGUGUCCAAUUUAACUAUUUUCUUGAAAAAGUGAAAUAUGUACUUUUUUAGAAUAUAAAGAACUCAAAAAAAUCUAUUUACAGUAUAAUGAAGGUGCCUCCUUGCUCAAUUAUAUCACAACAUUAGUGAUGGUAAAACAAAAUUAUGAUACCAACUUAAUUAAAUUGAAAUGUUAUUUUAGUUUAAAGAUAAUAAUUUUCAUUCAGUAUGAGUUUGUACAAAA